AUGAAUUCGCUGGUGGUGUUAUUUUCUCUGAUAGCCGUGGCCAUGGCAAAGCCGUCGUGGCUUCUACAGAACGCGGCAUCGUCGUCAUCUGUCACCUCAGAAUCUCGUGUAGACGUUCAUUCGUCGCCAUCGAUUAUAACAUCAGCUGCCGUUGCUCCGAUUACCCGUACAUAUGUUGCCGAACCAGCAUUUGCCGCUCCAGUGGCCUUCUCGGCUCCUACUGCGAUUUCCCAACAGUCUCGCGUAGAUAUCAAGUCAUCACCUGCUGUUGUUAGCACAUAUGCUGCGUCCCCAGCCGUUAUUUCUGCACCAGUCGCUGUUUCGGCGCCCGCUGCUAUUGCUGCACCUGCUGCGACUUCAUAUCAGUCACGUGUAGAUGUCAAGACAUCACCUACCAUUGUUAGUACAUAUGCUGCUGCCCCGGUUGCAAUUUCUGCACCCGCUGCAGUUUCUGCACCGAUAGCACUUUCUGCCCCUGCUGCGACGUCGUAUCAAUCACGAGUAGAUAUUAAAUCAUCACCAGCUGUUGUUAGCACCUAUGCUGCUGCACCUGUAGCUGCUCCUGCUAUUGUUGCAAGAACGGCCUAUGCGGCUCCAGCUGUAGCUGCCACACCCGCAGUUUACUCUGCCCCUGCUGCUUUUGCUGCACCAGCGGCGUCAUCUUACCAGUCACGGGUAGACGUCAAGUCAUCUCCUGCCGUGGUCAGCACGUACUCUGCAGCCCCUAUUGCUGCUUUCGCAGCACCCGCAGCAAUUGCAGCUCCAGCUAGCAUCGUCGCCCCCGCCGCAUCAUCCUACACAUCCCGCGUUGAUGUUAAAUCGGCUCCAGCGAUAGUCAGUACUGUUGCCGCUACCCCUGUCGGGUACGCUGCUCCUAUUACAACAGGCGCAUACGGUGCCCCAUUUGCCACAGCCAUCACCUCUCCUGCAUUAGUUAGAACUACUUUUGAGACCCCGGAAGUUGCUGCUGCGCGUGCUGCACACUUUCAGGCUAAAGCCCUUGCUGAAGGUCAUCUGAUUCGUAAGCGGUCAGCUCUGCUAGCCGCCGUACCCUUGGCACCAGCAGCGUCAUCUUACCAAUCUCGUGUUGACAUUAAAUCGUCUCCUGCCGUCAUCGAAACCUAUGCUUCUGCUCCCAUUAUUUCGACUUACGCUGCUGCUCCGAUUACUUACACUGCAAGGGCCUACGGCAUUCCUUGG